AUGCACCAACUUCAACGCAUCCUCAGCCUCGGCCUUCUCACGUCGGCCGUUUUCGCCCAUCCUCCUAUCAGAACCGAAGGCUCUCUCACGGACAAGGCAGACUCACAGUACGGGUACUGGGACCUGACCUUUUCCCGCGGCAACGCAGCCUCGGGUUACCGCUGGGAGGACCUAGCCGCCACUUACUCGGGCGCCCCUGAAAUCAUCGUCACCUGCAAGCGGCUCUAUGACCCGAACUCGAAUGAGACGACCAAGAGUUGUGAUGACCCAUCAUUCUGGUAUGAGAUGGAUCCGAAGUGGCCUGAGAAUGUGAUAACUGUGCACCAAACCGUACAGCUUGUCGUCGCUGGGGCCGUGGCGCCGGUGGGUAUCAUGGGGAAGACUCAGUUAGAGUUGGAGUGUGGUAAAGGAGCUUCGGGAAGGGCUUGUGAAGCGUUUGCGCGGGUGGGGGCA